AGUUUGUUAUUAUGUGCAUAAUAUGUUUAUAUCUACAAGUUAGAAGACUGGCCUUUGACAAUUACCAAUAGUGUCCGGGUAUUUAAAUAAUCGGUAGGUCUCAUGUCUUAUGAAAGGCACCAUUGUUUUCUACGCUUUUGUCACCAAAUAACUAUUCGCCAUACAACUUGUCGCCAAGCUUAUUAUUAUUAUUUGGUGCUGUUUUGUUUUAAUAUCUCGUUGCUGUGGAAACGGUGACGUCAUUGGGUGGAGCUGAAUGCAUGCAAUUGCUUGCGAGCAAAGAUUUGCUUCAUUUGAUCUGGGAGACUAUAGUAACAACAAACUGCAGUAUCGGGACAGUUUUCCACCUACAGUUAAUCGGGACAAAAACAUUUUCUCUCAGGUACAUUUUCGAAAAGAAAAUCUUCAAACAUUCAUCAUGGAAGCUACGAUCAUUAUAAUAUUGGCUCUUAGUUUGAUGGUACAAAUCGACCAGAGUGCAAGUCAACAACGGUUCAUCGAAACACUCUACUUGGCUGAAAACCGAGCCUUACUUAAUCAUGGGUUUCAGUGGAAGACUGUAUCUUCUCCUGUGAUCUGUGGGCGAGACUGCUCUAUGGAUCCACAGUGUGUAUCAUUCAACUAUCACAUCAUAAGAGGUAUCUGUGUGUUGAAUGAUGCCAGCAGAGCUCACAGCCCUGAUGACUUUGUUGCGAGUGAAGGGAGUGCCUACUAUGAUAACAACUUGGACACUUCUUCAUUUUCACUACCCAGCACUAGUAGUUGUCUGGAGUUGUAUCAAGCUGGUUACCGCAUUAAUGGUUUAUACACCAUCUUUCCUACAAGUCUGACCACCAGUGGGUUACAGGUUUACUGUGAUAUGGAGACAGAUGGAGGCGGCUGGAUCGUGUUCCAGAGGAGACAAGAUGGCUCUGUUGACUUUUAUCGUAACUGGGCCGAAUACCAAUCUGGGUUUGGUGAUCUGCAGAGUGAGUUCUGGUUGGGGAAUGAUAUCAUGCGUGACCUUACUGGGUCAGGUCAAUGGCGACUCAGAGUAGAUAUGGAAGAUUGGGAGUCCAACACAGCUUGGGCUUCUUAUGAUGAGUUCAGUGUUACCGGUAACAAGUACACUCUCCAGGUUGGUUCAUAUGAUGCUCAGAGCACAGCAGGUGAUGCAAUGACAUAUCAUAAUGGAUUACCAUUCACAACAAAGGAUCAGGAUAAUGAUGCAAGGUCUGGUUACAAUUGGGCCAAGCAUCAUGAAGGUGCCUGGUGGUUUCAUUGCUGCUUUGCUGCUCAUCUGAACGGUAAAUACUAUCCACAGGGAGAGGUGUCAUAUGGACUGGGAAUACAAUGGUACGAGUGGAAAGGACAUAACUACUCCCUGAAGAAAUGCAGCAUGAAAAUACGGCAAGUUUUGUAACUAUCAACCCAUUGACCAAGGACAGGGAAUAAAAUGGAAUGACAGGAGUGGGGAUUAUUAAUUACUCCCUCAAAUAAUGCAGCAUGAAAAUACGACAACUUAAACUCUAACCUUGGGUUUACGGGACAAGAAUGAUUGACUUGUUGAACUGGAAAGGUUAUUUUUGCUGCAGCUGAGAAAUGCCCCGAGAUUCUCCUUACGAACACAGAGAUCAACAACACAUCUACGGUAUUAUUUUUAAUCGCGUUUAACAUUAUCAAUGGGUUUGUUUUUCAGGAAGAAAAAAAUGUUAUCAAAAACUGCAACAAAAACAAAUUCAUA